AGCAAGGGGUGGAGGGAGGGAGGGAGUGAAUAAGUGGCAGUUCUUGUGGAGGAGAGAGAUGGGCUGCUAGCCCCCAAGGACUUAGAAAGGAAGGCAGGAAGGUGCCGCCUGCCCCAGGGCCAGCUGCAGCCAUGAAGCUGGGAUCCUGCUUCAAGAAUUAUGAGGACUUCCGGGAGUGCUUUGGCACUUACAAGAAGGAGAACCGGCUGCAUUACGGCCUGAGGAGCUGCAUCUCCGUCCGGUUUUACAACCGGCAGAAUGGGACCAACAUCCGCGAAGAUGUCACGUUUCAUGCAGGUGAAGUUCGCUGUGUCCGACUGAGAGAACCAACAACGAUAAGAAGCAGCAUCCAGACCCCGUUUGUGCCCGUCAACUUAGUCCUGCAAUACAGCGAGGAGCUAGACCAGCUGUGAAUCACCGAACUGAACUGCAACCACUCCACUGGACAAGGCCUCUCGACUCAAUCUCCCCUCGCCAGACUGGAGCCAGGAUGGCUGCCUUUAAAAGCCUGUGGCAGCCCUCCGCCCAAGCUGCGAGAGGAGGCCCACAGGGUGGAAGCCUGUAAUAUGGAGGCUGACCUGGGAAUGAAGGUCAAAGUGGAGAGCGAUGAGAGAGACCCUGAAGUGGAUUCUGAGGAACUUCUGCCCUUCCCCUCUCAAGCAGCUGGAAGUCCCGCAGACAGAGAAAAAUGGCAGCUUCUAACUCUACUUCUGACCCGAGUUGCUGAGUGAUAAAAACUUCUGCGAGUGGACGCAGGCUCUUUGGCCUCCAUCACCAUGAGCAACGACCAGGACCUGAGCUGCUUGAACUAGACCAGCAAAAUGAAGAGCUUGUUUGUCAAGUUCCCCGAGAGCCUCUUGCUGCAUCGGCUGAGCGAGAGGGGCCACAUACUGUAUGUCCUGGAGAGCAAGGACCGGGUGGGGAAGCUGGUACACUUUGCCAUUCUGAAGGAGACACGGAGGAGCACGUGCACAAAAAUGCUUUCCUUCCUCCUUCAGGGAUUUACCCGGAGGCGCAGAAGAUCAGGUGUCUUUGUGGACAGUCCUUCUCCACACAGGUGCUUGCAGGAAGCUCUCCCUCAGCGCAGUUCUCCUCUCCGUCUACCACACUGUGCGGCUUUCCUGGAAAAGAAGCUGAAGGAAUCCCGCACCUCUUUCUCCUUGAAACAAUUGAAAGUGGCUUUGAGGGGGGCUGUCUUCUCCACCUCAAACACAAACCGGACACCCUGUCUCGCCGUGAAAGCGCCUGGUAGACCCAGAGUGUACGAUUACCUUCAUACCACUUGUUCUCCUGACGAGAUGCUGUACAUGCAUGCCAAGAAGGGUCUCCAUUCCUGCAGCACGUACAUAGACAGCUUGGAUCUUAUAAACUCAGAAACUGUCAAACCUCUUUACCACCAACUGUCCCUGGAGACAAGCAUCCUUCGCUUUAUGGAGUACCCGACUGCUUUCAACACCAAAGGCCUAGAGAACCUAACCAGGUUUCUCCAACCUGAGGAGGACAGCCCAGCAGCUCAUAGAGGAGCUGAAAAAUCCAGAACCCGGGCCUCUGUAGCACAGCCCAGCACUGCAUCUCAGCACCUGCCGGUCAAAGUGGCCACAGAGAUUCCCCAAGCAUCCAAAGGCAAGUCCACCAAGCCUGUGGCCACCAUGGCUGAGCCGUCUGUGCAGGAGACUUGCACUGACCUCGCUUAUCAUCAGCUUUGUCUGAAUGAGUGGGAUGUGGUACAGAAGUCCACCCAGCAUGCAUCCCAGCACAAGACUGCGGUUCAACUGCUGGGAGACACGCACCAGGGCAAAAGAGGUAGGAGCUGCAGCUGCUAUUUAUCUUCUACGGCCGUCCAGUUGCCCUGCGGCACAUUUUGUCUUGUGCUCCUGGCUAAGCGACAGGUUGUGGAGGAAGCCAUGGUGGCCAAGCUGCAGAAGAAAUACCACAAUUGUCCAUUGGGGGAGAAACUUGCGGAGUAUCCUGGGCACCCAAAAGGCAACCACCGGAGCCCCAAGCAACAAGCAGAGUCAGAGGAGCGACAGGACAAGAUCCAAUCAUAGCAACAGGAGCUUGGCAAAACCUUGCUGCUGCAGAGUGACGGGGAGACUGGAGAGCGUAGCGCCACCCUCAAGAUGAUUGUGAGCAUCGGACUAAAUGUUCUGAGCUGCAAAGAAGAAGGGGGUGGCAGCACAGGGAAGUCCCUUAACAUCCGGAAUGUGGGGGACCUCCCCUUCCUCUGGGUGAAGAAGGAAGAGAUGGAAGAAAUAGAAAGUUUCCUCAUUAGCUCAUGGUGCGGCUGUGGAAGGCAGUCAGAUCUCUGGCUUGAGAGCACACCCCCCGUCAGGGGAAUGUGCAAGAGAGAGGACUCCUCCUGCUCAGUAGCAACUGAGGCGUGUUACUUGAAUGCAGUUCACACACGCACCCUCCCUGUGCAGGAGACAGGCAGUAUUGCAAGCGGUGUGAGGGCCUUCAGGUUUUGCAAGGGUGACAUCAGGAAGUACUUCAUACUGAGGGUUUAUUUCCAUGAUACUUGGUUCCAGGGAUUUGAUGUUGAUAAAGUGAAUGAGAAGGAGACUAGAGCGGCGUUGGCGGAAGACUCGGAGUGA